AUGUAUUUCUUCCAUUCACUAAGAGAUGAUGCGAAUGAUCAAUUUGGACUCUUUAGCCAAAUACUAUUGGAACAGACAACCUCCCUGAACUACAACGAGGCAUUCAGACUUGCUGAAAAAGAAGCUCAAGAUCAGCUUAAUCAGGGGAACACCAAGAACAGAAAUGGUUUUAUAGACGUUUUAUAUGGAAAUUUAGUGGCGGAAGAAGAACAACAUGGUAAUAGGGACUUAUUAUGUCUUUGGAACCCAGCCACAAGAGAAUAUAAAAAAUUACCUGAAUCACCAAUUGGAUUUAAUAGAGGCAAUGUUUGCAUACAUGGCUUUGGUUAUGAUCACAAGACUGAUGAUUACAAGUUGGCAAUAGGUGUAGAAGCUCCUGGAAGCAAGGAUACUACUCUAGUCCAAGUCUAUUCGUUAGCAUCAAAUUUAUGGAAAACUGAGAAAACCAUACCUUAUCUGUUUUGUUAUAUGCAUAUUUCUGGGGUACUUGUUAAUGGAAACCUUCAUUGGUUAGCGCUAGGUCAAUACAAUUUUUUAUUACUCUCUUUGGAUAUCAGUGGUGAGAAUUUCGAAGAAAUGCAACUACCAAGAAAAAUCCCGAAGUUGAAUAAGGAUAUGUGUGUAGGUGUGUUGCAAGGGUGCCUUUGCUUACUUGUCAGGUCAGAUGUUAACGGUGUUAAGUUUGAAGUAUGGGAGAUGCUGGAUUACGGAGUUCAAGAAUCUUGGACUAAGCGUUAUGUCAUUGCCCAUGAGAGUAUUAUCAAUGAACAGAAAUAUUUUUGGCUUGUGUAG